CAGCCCCAACGGGCAAAACCAACGCCGACAAACCCACACAAUGACAACCACCACCACCUCCCCGCCGCCAUCCACAAACACAACAAUACCCAGAACCCUCCUCGCCCUCACCACGCCCUUCAUCCUCCCCCCAAGCUGCACCAACAUCUUCACAACAACCAGCACAAUAACAAGCUACCACUGGAACAACUUCACCGCCACCACCCUCAUAGUCGUCUACUCUGACCCCGCCAACGCGCGGUUUACACAAUGCCAACCCCCAGGCUGGGACCAGAUCGCCCCCUCAAGCCGCUUCCACUUCAGUCCCGCCGUUUGCCCUGACCAAUGGACCGCGUACGCAGUCAGAGAUUUAGAUGUGGACAUCGAUACGUCCUCGCUCUCGAGUCUAGUUACUACAGCUUACUGUUGCGCAAGCGGCUACACCCUAGGCAACCCCGGCGUCACCCUCCAGAGCCUUGAUAACGCAGCUGCCUGCGUCAGCGCCAUCGGCGUCACAUCCCCCUCCACCACAUCCACAUCAUCCACCCUCUCAACCGGCCAAACACCUCACGCCACCCCCUACCCUUACGGUAUCCAAAUCCACAACGCCUACCAAAUAACCUGGGCCAGCAGCGACAAGCCGACCCUCUCCCCCACUCCCCCCGACUUCAGUUCCGGGUGCAGUGCGACGCUGAGUAAAUGGGUUCCAGGGGAACCGGUCGGGGCGAUGGAGUGUAAUAAUCGCAGUGAUGGGGGGGGAGCGGGGAGGGCGGGUUGGAUGGUGUUCAUUAUGGUGGGGGUUCCGGUUAUUGUGGUGGUGUUUGUGGCUUCGUGGUGUGUGUAUUGUUAUAGGAGUUCGAAGAAGAAAUGGAGGGCUGAGGAUGAGGCGAGGAGGAGGAGGGAUGGUGUUGGUGCUGGGGUUGGGAGGGAGGCGGUGGUGGAUGAGCUGGGUGAACGGGGGGGGGAUAUUAAGACGUAGGUUUGGGGUGCUCUGUGUGUCUUUUCUGUUAGCCUUCCGGCAUUGCAAAGAAAGGGCGUUCUUGUUACGGAUUUCUAAUUUCCACGACGACUCGGGUCUCAUUUCAAUACGUCAACACCGUCCCCUAUGGAGACGCGUUAUAAUUGAGCGAAUAGAGGCCAUAAUUUGGUUAAUUUGGUUGGGGUUUAGUUCAGGUGGUCGUCAUCACUCCAUUGGGGGAUGGAACAUUGUGAGGGUAUCAAAUUCAAAAGGGGGCGACGCUCACCCGCAGUCCAGAUGGCAC